AUGCAGUCACCGGCUGCGUGUGUCCCCUGCGCCCAGAAGAAGCGCAAAUGCGAUCGUCUCCUACCCGCGUGCUCGCGCUGUAGCAGUGUCCGGACGAAUGAACGAUGUUGGUACAAAGAUCCGUCCCAGCCUAUUGGCCCUGUAGGACAGUCUAAAAUAUGUGUCUACGACCCUGACCCGGCGCGCAAGCGUGCCUUGACCAAGUCGUCCCUUUGCUCAAUUCUUGUAGUACCAGCCACGGCUGCUCUGCCGAACAGUCUUGCGGGACAUGUCCAGUCAACCUGGAUGCUUAGUGCUUUGGGCGACCCAUGUCUCUUGCAUGCGACUCUCUUCGCCGCAUCGGCGCACAUGGAUGGUUUACUCGGCCUCGCUAAUAACCCACGCACAAUCUACCACCAGCUCCAAGCAGUCAGAAUGCUUCGUGAGCGACUAACGCAACCGAAUUUUCGGGUCAAUUACGAAACAAUAGGGGCCGUCUUGGGGUUAGGCUUCUUCGAUAUAGUCAUUGGAAACGUCGAUGGCGUCCAGGCGCACAAUAAGGGCCUCAUCCAGAUGGUGGCUGCGAAGCAUGACCGAGGACCAGAGACCGAGGCGUUGAUGGGCCUGGCCAACAUGACGCACUUUACCCGCUCCAUGGUCUCACACACCGAUGCCCUCUUCCUCCCCUACUCGACGAUAUCACGCGGCAGCAGCCUCCCUCCCGUGCAUCCUCUUGCAGGGAUCUUCCCCUCGAGCCUUCUCAGCCGAGUCCUCGCGCGCGCUGCGGCCCGCACCGAUAGCCUCACACCACCAGUUUUCACCCCAGACACCGUGCUCGACCUCAUCAGCAUCGCACAUGUAGUGACCCACCAAGACGCGACAACACCUCUCCACGAAUCCGUCUCCGACACGAGUGCAGCAGCAGAAGCAGCAGCGACGACACUAAAUCUCGGCGCUGAGGCUCUACGACGCGCAUCUUUCUUCCCUUCCCUCGAGGACCAAAGUCCAAUGGCUCAAAACAUGAAUAAAUGCGUUCAGAUAGCCGCGAAAAUCUGCCGUAAUCUCCUCCUCCUACGCGCCGCAAGGACCGAACCAAGCACAUCAUCAUCACCACCACCACCAACUUCAACAACAAUGGUAAGUAGAAAUACUCCGAUAACACCAAUAAUAACAUCAUCAAUACCCAUAUCCUCGGCCACCAAACUUCAUCCCCUGCACGACGAAAUGUCGCUCUUAAAAGCCACGCUACCGAAAAUCGAGUUCAUCCCGUGGUUACAGCACGCGCCGGAGGCAUAUGUCUGGGUAUGCUUUACAGCCGCGGCCGCCUCGGCAGCACCUUAUUACAGGGGCGAGGAGGGAAAUGGUCAGGAUGAGAAUGACGACUGGACGUCGUUUAUUAUCACACCCAUGCCGGUGAUUACGGCGAUGGACUCGGCGGAGCUUCGCCUAUUGCGGGAGGGGUGGGCGUAUUUGAGGUGGUUGCGGGGGAAGUAUUAG